UGGCAUGACAGAAUGCUCGUGACCAAGUUCUCUUUGACCACAGUCCGUGCAGUGCGCGCAGAGAUUACAGUUUCUCACCCACUCUCUUCGGGGUGUGCGAAGAAUAAUGCGCGCCGAUACCAGCACAUUCUCGCGUGCAUGACAUGCGAAUCCUCGAAAAUGAGAUCGCGCGGGUGGCUCGCGCAAUAAACGCUUCGUAAUAAGCUGUGCACUUCUAAUAGCGAUGAAUCGCGGCUACUUUGAGUUAAUUAAUUAAUUAACGGGCGAGUUACUAAGUAACGUAGCGUCGAGCGAGCGAAACUCAGGGAGUAUCUCGUUUCUACUCGAUCGACACGAGUCUGCGAUCUGUAUAGCGCGACAUGCCGUUGUGACAUCGGUCGUCCGUGAUAAAUCGACGAACUAAGCGGUUAGGAUCACCGGGUGGACCAUGAACCAUGGAUACGCGGCUCGAGAACGACGCGACUUCAGAAGAGAAGCGUAAAGAAGGAUGCGAGCAACAGCAGGGUUGCAGCGUCGUCGACGGAUGCGGCGAUUCUGCGCCAAGUUGUCGCACCCUAGAGGCUACCGGAAGUGCCGGCAGCGGUGGCGAUAGUGGGACCGGCAGUGUGCAAACGACAGGCCAAACUCAAUCAUCAACUCAUGUGACCUCUGCUCCGAUAGUUCAGCAAUCGCAACAACUAAGCUCGAUUUCAGCCUGCGUCGCUUCCUGUUGCGCGGAAAGCGCGAAGAAGAUCUAUUUCGGCGUGUGCGUGACGAUAUGUGUAACCGCGAGUUGGGUUGGCGCGACUCAUUGUAUUAAGUAUUUGUACUUUCGUAAAUCAGAUAAGAUCUCGGAGACGUCUGAAUCCGUAAAUUCCUCUGUGAGCGGACUUCAUCAUCAACAUAUCAUUCUUCCAUACGAUGCGCCCUUCUUUACGACGUGGUUUUGUACCAAUUGGGAAAUCUUAUACUUUCCGGUAUACUUCAUUUGUUGGGCUGCGAGAAACAAGUGCGCCGCCCCUUCGGAAGUAAUAGCCGAGAGUCUCCGCGGUUUCCGUGAUAAGGGUUUCACUGGCGGCCGCUUCUUAAUUAGGUGCAGUCUUUUCUGCAGCUUAUGGGUUAUCACGAAUUACUUGUAUAUACUCUCGCUGAGAAUACUGCUAGCCACGGACGUGAUGGCACUAUUUGCAACCAAUGUGUCAUGCGUCUACCUACUCUCGUGGGUUAUUCUUCAUGAACAAUUCGUGGGUGUGAGGAUAGUCGCGGUGAUCCUCUGUAACACUGGUAUUGCGCUUUUAGCUUACAUGGACGGAAUAACUGGAAGUCCAACGCUAGGAGGUGUCGUUUUAGCUACAGCAGCGGCAGCUGGCUCUGCCGUUUAUAAAGUCCUCUUUAAGAAAGUAAUAGGAGAAACUACGUUCGGCCAAAUGUCUUUCUUUUUCUCUCUUAUCGGUUUAUGUAACGCCGCCUUGUUAUGGCCAAUUUGCCUGGCUCUGUAUUUUUCUGGGGUGGAAACCAUACCCUGGGCAAGAUUACCUUGGGCAGCUUUACUCUCUGCCAGCAUCCUUCAUUUAGUUGCGAAUAUGCUCGGCAAUUUCAGCAUCGCGAUCACCUACGACCUGUUCAUUACUCUUGGAUUAAUAACAGCUGUACCUGUAUCUGCUGCAUUGGACGUUAUUUUUUAUGGAGCGUACUUCAUGGGCAUGAAAUUAGCAGGCAUGAUCUUCAUAGCGGUGGGUUUCUUCCUCGUAAUGUUCCCGGAUAAUUGGCCAGAUUACAUAACAAGACUUCUUCGAAACGUAGUCCUCAUGAGUCACAGUACAAGUACCACGGGGGGCGGCCAGCAACGCGGCAGCAGGAAUAUCCUUAGAGGUCGCAGAACAUCCCUUCAGCAACGUCAGCACCGUCUGAGGAGCUACGGCGUUUCUGCCGCACAUGGAGAUGGUCAGACGCUGCUGCCGAUCAGCAACAACAACAACAACAAUAGCAGCAACAGCAGCAAUCAGCCUGCCAUUCUUCGACAUGUUAACAACAACCCUCAACAAUACAGCUCGACCUCUGAAACCCAAUCACGCCGUGUCCUUCCUUCUACCUCGACUUCCAUCACCUCGACCACCACCGUCGUCAGCAACAGCUAUUCGCAUGAUCCUCGUAAUCAACAUCAAGGUGGAGCAGGAAACACAGGCACGGCAUGUCAGAUGGAUCGUUGCGCGACGUGAUUGAUUAUCGAACCGGUUACAUAAAAUCGCAUCUACGCUCACCCUCAGGCAGGGUUCGGUGACUAAACACAUGGAAAAU